AAAUGUUUAGUUUAGCUCUGUUUUCCUCUGACGUCUAUAGUUGUUGCACAAGCUAGAGCCAAGAUGGCAGCACUUUUCAAAGCACGGAAAGCUUUGGGCCUGGCUGUGGGCUGCAGCAAGCGCUACCUCACCCAGUUGGCCGAGCUGCCUGAGAUCCACCAGAUGCUCCGGCAGACGUGCCGAGAUUACGCUGACAGAGAGCUGGCCCCCAUCGCUGGCAAACUGGACAAGGAGCACCUCUUCCCAGCCAAGCAGGUUCGGGAGCUGGGAGAGAUGGGCGUCAUGGCAAUUGAGGUUCCGGAACACCUUGGCGGAGCUGGGCUGGACUACCUGGCCUACUCUCUGGCCAUGGAGGAGAUCAGCAGAGGGUGCGCUUCUACAGGGGUGGUCGUCAGUGUCAACAAUUCGCUGUACAUCGGUCCCGUCCUGAAGUUUGGUUCAGAGGAGCAGAAGGAGCAGUGGAUCACCCCCUUCACCACUGGGGAGAAAGUGGGCUGCUUUGCCCUGAGUGAACCAGGUAAUGGUAGCGAUGCAGGUGCAGCCUCCACCACAGCGCGACAGGAGGGGGACGAGUGGGUCCUGAAUGGCACCAAGGCCUGGAUCACUAACAGCUGGGACGCCUCUGCCACAGUUGUCUUCGCCACCACAGACAAGAACCUCAAACACAAGGGAAUCAGUGCCUUCCUGGUGCCCAUGCCGCAUCCAGGCCUGUCUCUGGGCAAGAAGGAGGACAAGCUGGGCAUCCGAGCGUCCUCCACUGCCAACAUCAUCCUGGAAGACUGCCGCAUUCCAUUGGGCAACCUGCUGGGCGGGCGUGGCAUGGGCUUCAAGAUCGCCAUGCAAACCCUGGACAGUGGUCGGAUCGGGAUCGCCUCCCAGGCUUUGGGCAUCGCCCAGGCUGCCCUGGACUGCGCCGCAGAUUACGCCCACAAGAGGACGGCCUUUGGGGCUCCGAUUGGGAAGAUGCAGGCCAUCCAGUUUAAGCUGGCAGACAUGGCUGUGGCUCUAGAGAGUGCUCGUCUGCUCACCUGGAAAUCAGCGCUGCUGAGGGACGCCAAGAAACCCUACACAAUGGAAGCUGCCAUGGCAAAACUGGCUGCCUCUGAAGCUGCCACCUUCAUAUCUCAUCAGUCCAUCCAGGUUCUGGGAGGGAUGGGCUAUGUGACAGACAUGCCUGCUGAAAGACACUACCGAGACGCUCGCAUCACUGAGAUCUACGAGGGCACCAGUGAGAUUCAGAGACUGGUCAUCGCAAAUCAGAUCCUCAAGGAGUACCAGUCAUAGGACAGGAAGGAACAUGAACUUUCUGAACUAAUACCAGAACUAAUGACGUGUUUCAGUGCCUGGUUUUUGACACCACCGGGUACCACUCAGGUACCUGAUAACCCACCGGUUCAACUAACUGUGCUGUCAGCUGUGUUCAAAGUUUCAUGAGCAUGAUUUUGAGUGGUGGAGGAUUGGCCAUUAUAGUGCCAGAUGUCUUCCUUCUCAGAAUAAUGCUUCUGGGUUCUGCCAAAACCACGACCUCAGAGGGUUUGUGUCUGCUGCACUUGCGCUGGUGUCCACAAGAGUGCAGCAGUCUGCAGACUCCGAAUGCCUUUCUUUGUGCCUGGGACAACUCCAGAUUGCCUCUUUGGAUAGACAAAAUGACAUAAUAUAUUUGGCUGUACAUACGUGAUAACUUUUUCCAAUUGCCAUGUGAUCAUUAAACAUGCAUUUGUUGAUUUUU